GUAGACUGCCUCCAGGAUAGCCCUCGAAAGGCAGAUGUCCAUUCCGCUGGCCAUGAUGGACUAAGCCUGCCAGCCCUGGUAGACUGCCUCCAGGAUAGCCCUCGAAAGGCAGAUGUCCAUUCCGCUGGCCAUGAUGGACUAAGCCUGCCAGCCCUGGUAGACUGCCUCCAGGAUAGCCCUCGAAAGGCAGAUGUCCAUUCCGCUGGCCAUGAUGGACUAAGCCUGCCAGCCCUGGUAGACUGCCUCCAGGAUAGCCCUCGAAAGGCAGAUGUCCAUUCCGCUGGCCAUGAUGGACUAAGCCUGCCAGCCCUGGUAGACUGCCUCCAGGAUAGCCCUCGAAAGGCAGAUGUCCAUUCCGCUGGCCAUGAUGGACUAAGCCUGCCAGCCCUGGUAGACUGCCUCCAGGAUAGCCCACGAAAGAACCUUGUGCCGAAGCCCCCGCAAGGCCCCAGGCCCAACCGAGAGGCAAAUAUAGCAAAGACAGAAAAGGCCACAGAGGUUAUCAAGGCUAGAAGGUCUAGGGAGGUUAAGUCAGGGGUGAAAGAACUAAGCCGCCAAGUAGUUGGUAUGUUGGCACUGCCUCAAACUCUAACUCAAACAACCAGUUACAGUGAGUAUUCAUCUCCACUUCCAAAAUACCUGGAUUUAUUGAUAGAAUUCUAAAACGAUAUAUGGUGGAAGGAUCCACUAAUGUCUACGAUCCUCUUUCUGUAGGUGUCCUGCCAGCUAUCAAGAAGGGCACUAAAGUUACCCUCCAGUCCUCCACCUCCCUCACCGAUGACAACAAGGAGGCACUAGGGGCCAUCUGCCAGGUCCUGACCACCAGGGUGGGAGACAGUACCUGCAACGACGAUUACAAGGCCAGGCUCAUCAUCCAGAAAGGAUUGGAUUCCGGUGCCAGGGAAAGGUUCCCUGACUCUCCGUGUUCCUCUUCACCCAAGGACGAAGAGGUUGUAAGUGUCAUGACUGUCUCAUACCCUAAACCCUCCACCUCAACCCAGGCGGCAUGGGCAGCUCCUGCCCAGACUCUGGAAAAAGAGACUCUGAAGUUUAUUCUCCACGGCAUCAUGUGCCGACUGGAGGCCUCAGAGUCCACCCAGACAAGGAGGGCCAAUGACCCCUUCAGGCUGAUGAAGGAUCUCUUUGUGGAGGUCCAGCAUGCCCUGAAAUAUGCUGACAUCUCUGUCGUCUUUGGCCUGGAGGAGAGCAUCCAAUUCAGUGGUGAGGAUGCGGUGAAGGCCAUCGUGAAGACUGCGGCUAAAAGAUUGUCCCUGCGUUCGGACUCCAACCGGGCUCAACUGCGUGCCGCACGCUCUGGUAGCGAGGGAGCCAUCAGGUGCAUGGCGGACACAAUCACACAAGUCAUAGAGGACUGGAGUUUCGAAGGCCAUUUUGGGGCCAGGAGGAGCCGUGGUAGUGGGAGGUCACACUCCUCAACCUCCUCAAGGAGUGACGUCACCCUCACCGAGGAGCUCCUGGCUUGGAGGGAAACCCUAGACGAGGACCUAGAGGAGAUGGCUGAUGACAGCACUGGUUUGGAAAAGACCAGUGUAAGCUCAGCCAUCUCUGAAAAGUCCCAGGUAAUUAGCUACCUUUCUGAAAGCACCAAGCCCAUCAGCAGCUCCCUCUCCACAGACCUCGAGGACAUCACCUCCACACAGAAAGAGAAGGAAGAAGCUAUGAAGAAAGAAGUGAGGAAGUCAGGAAAGAAGAAGCGAGGAAAUAACAAGAACCAGAAGAAGAACAAGGUGUCUCCUCUUGGCAAUGAUAGUACUGUGGCUGCAGAUGAGCCUAAGAAAAAACAGGCUCUCCUCCCGCGGAUCACAGCCGCCCUGGCAAAACUAUUUUGCUUCCCCUGCAAAAAAAAAUGCAAAAGUAACUGUGCAGAAGACGAGUUUGGGAAAACCCCGCUGCCACCUCCCCCAACCCACUUUCUAAAUAAGCUCUCAAAGCCAACAGAAGAGGGAGGGAGACAACCCCCCCUACUCAAAACUCAUUUUAUUACACCCCAUUUAAUUCAAUAA